UUCGAAAAAGACUUUGGAAGGAAAACCAAUUUCUUUUGUGGAGAUUAUUGAAAGCCAUCGAGGACAAAGUUUAAAGGAGUCAGAAGCAGUGUAAUAUUAACAACAUGUUGUAUCGGUAUCUUUAAUUGAGAAUUUGCAGUCAGUUGGAAGCUAAAUGAACAUAGGAUCUCGUCGGGGGGUUUACUCCAAUGGCAAUCCCAGCCAACCGAUGGAGCUGCUCAUUACCAGGCUUUGGCUAUUUCAAACCAGCCUUCAUUUUAUUUCUCGCUUACAUCAAAUUCACUCGAACUUUUUUUGUGUUAACGACUAGCUUUGCUUCUCAAUGGUCACUAGUCGACUGUAUUUUGUAUUGUUUGUUUGCAUUUCGAGUGCAUUUACUUCUGGUAAGCAAAUUUAUGUUUUACAGUUGUUUUUAACUACAUAUUAACUGGUUUUAAAUUUAACAGAGAAAAGCAGCAAUAAUCAUUAAAACACAUUUUGGUGUAGCAAUUACAAACAAAAUAUUACUAGUACUGAAUACUUAAUCGGAGAGACUAUGAUUUAUGGACGAACAAAUCAAAUUUAGGAUAACAGGUAUUGGAUUUUGGCGCGAAAUUUACCCUUCCAUUCGUCUAAAUAGCGUCUUAGCAUUUUAGCUGAUGUCAGUUCGUGAUGAAAACCAUAAAUUUAAAUCCUAACCUUUACUAUCAACUGUAAAUCACUAUCUUUAUUCCUCAAACUGCUUUAUAGCCUUCAUUCAGCCUUAUUAAGUAGGUAGACACUCUCAAGAUCACGUUGGCGUCACUCAAAGGUCGUCCAUAAACUAUAGUCUCAUCACUUAAUCCGUCAAAACAAUAAGUUGCCUAUUUUCCUUGACUACAUUUGGUUAUACAUGGGGAAUUGUGCUUUUGACAGAAUUAGUGUAUACAAUAACCCAGCCAUUUAAAAAAUUCUAGAAAACAACUAGUUCUACCCUAAAACAUAUUUUCCCAUAUUUAUUCACUUGCUUUUGUUAGUGAAAAUUUCAUUAUUCCGAUGAAGAAUCUAUAUCAACUGAAGAGGCUGAGACUUGUUAAAUGUGGGCGAACACUUCUUACGUCGACACAUAAUGUUUUCUGAUGUAUUAAUAGUUUCCCAAGGAACUUAGAGGCUUACAAACCAAAAUGUGGUAUUUACCCAUGAAGUUAUUGACAAUUAAUGUGAUCCAUGCUUUUCUGGUUACAGUUCUCAUGCGUAUCACGGCCAGUGCUUGAAGACUGAUUAACAUGAUUCAGAAUCGGUCACGAUAGCAUAAAUGCAUCCACUCUUUACUUUCCUUUAAAUGUAAAGUUUCAAACUAUUUUAUAUCUUUUAUUCCGUGACUUCAUCGAUUUUCCUUCAAUCAAAUUGUCAGUGCCUAAUUUUUUAUCACUAAAACUACUGCUUCUAUCGCUUGUUUAUUCAUCUUGAUAAUUUAAUCUUUCUGUUUUAACGUGAUGUGGUGAUUUGAACAGAUGGAUAUAUGUAACGGGUUCUAUUUUGUUUAUGAGAUUAACAUUUGGAUUUUCAUCAGCAACUACACUUCAAAUUUAUUUCGACUCUACUUGGAUAGCAGUUUUUGCUGGUUUAUUAAAUGCAGGUGGAAUAAUUGGAUCUUUGUGGUCAACGUGGCUUAUUCGUCAUUAUGGACAUUGUCUUACAUUAUUGCUUUCUUAUGGUCUAUCUGUCAUAGGAUGGGUGUUACUGUAUUUUUCAUCGUCAGCUGCCUACGAACGAUAUUCACCAAUUGUUCAAUUAGUAUUAGGACGUCUAAUAACCGGUUUAGGAUGUGGAUUAACUUUAUCUACUAAUGUAAUUUAUAUCUAUGAGAUAAUUCCAUCGUCAUGGAAAGUAUUGAUGGGAUCAUUGUUUCAAGUUGGUAUAACAUGCGGAAUUGUUGCUGAUUAUGCACUUGCAAUUUUUUUAAACUGGGAUACUAUUUCUUUGGUUUUCGCUUUGGUUAUUUCAUUUGUUGCCGUUUUAACUUAUAUGUUACCCGAAUCUUCUGAAUGGUGCGUUAAAAUGGGUAAUUUGCAAUCAGCUGAAGCAUCUCAUUAUUGGUUGCAUGGAAACGAGAUACCUUUUAAACAAAAUGGGAAUAAUUUAAUGAUCAAUGGAAAUGUUCCUCAUGAUAUAUCAGAUCUUAGCACAAAGUCAUACACUGGUUCUUUUCAUGUAUUGAAUGAUUCAAAGCCUAAGCUUCGUACGAUUUUUAUAUUAAUAACAUUUCAACAAUUAACAGGGAUGAAUGCUAUAAUCUACUUUGCUGAAUCGGUUUGCCUAUUUGGUGGGCUAGUAUCAUAUCAAUGUGGAUUCAACACGGGAUUGUGUCUAUUUAUUUCUAGUAUUGUAUCAGUAUUUGUGGUUAGAAAAUUCUCCUGGAAAAAGCUACUACUAGUUGGUGCUGUAAUUCUGGCUUUAUCCCAUCUAUGGUUCUCACUAACGGUAUCACAAACUGAAACUCCAAUGUCUUCAAUGCAUCAAGUUUAUUUAAAUGUAUUGGUUAUAACUUUUACAUGUAGUUGGGGUCCAUUACCAUUAUUAAUAGCAUUAGAAUCAUUUCCAAUUAUUAAUCGAAAUUAUGUUAUUAAAUCAUCUUUAACAGUUGGUUGGACAGUUUGUUGUUUUGUUACAUUUAUAUUUGAACCAUUUAUAUUAUGGACAAGUGUAUCAGUUUUAUUCGGUAUAUUCUCAUUAUGUUGUUUAUUAUCUUGUGUUUAUGUUUAUUUUCAUAUUCCUGAUAUGAAAUCAAUGAACACCACCUAAUAUGUGUUUACCUUUUCUUGGUUAAUAUCAUACUAAUAAUGAUCAUAAUAAUAAUAAUAAUAAUAAUAAUAAUAAU